CGUUGGCUGUCUCCCUCCGCCCCUCUGCCACCGCCUGCUUGUCAAACCGAACCUCCUCCUCCGCUUACUGUCCCCUCCCAGCGGCUCUCACUCCCUUCGCCACUGCAGUGAAAGCCUCGGUUACGGAGAGAGACAGCGAGGAGAGCCUGAAAGCUGGGUACAAAUCCAGGACUAGACCUCAGAAGAGGCACCACUACCGUGUUGUUGGUUUUUUUUUUUUGGUACCGUUCCCCCCCUCAGCUCGGCGGCCCGCUGACUCUUCCUGCUUCACCGCUUUUCCGUUCACAUCGCCUGGAUUUCAUCAUCCGACCCGCAAGAUGGGAAAUGAAGCCAGUUACCCCCUGGAGAUGUGCUCACAUUUCGAUGCUGAUGAGAUUAAGAGGCUAGGGAAGAGGUUUAAGAAACUCGACCUAGAUAACUCGGGCUCGCUCAGCGUCGAGGAAUUCAUGUCUCUGCCGGAGCUGCAACAGAACCCUCUGGUGCAGAGGGUUAUCGACAUAUUCGACACGGAUGGGAACGGAGAGGUGGACUUUAAAGAAUUUAUUGAAGGAGUCUCACAGUUCAGCGUCAAGGGCGACAAAGAACAGAAACUGCGAUUUGCCUUCAGGAUUUACGACAUGGAUAAGGACGGCUACAUCUCCAACGGCGAGCUCUUCCAAGUACUGAAGAUGAUGGUGGGCAACAACUUGAAGGACACGCAGCUCCAGCAGAUUGUGGACAAGACCAUUAUAAACGCAGACAAGGAUGGAGACGGCAGGAUAUCCUUUGAAGAGUUCUGUGCAGUGGUCGGCGGCCUCGAUAUACACAAAAAGAUGGUGGUGGACGUGUGAGCACCCUCUGCUUGCUGAAUCCCCCCCUCCUCGCCCUCGACACUCGCUUUCUCCACCAUCUCCGAAGAUCUGCUCAAGACGUCUGGCAAAACGCUCUGUGUGUAACUCAAUGGAAGUAUUCUCUCUCUUUAUGUCUAUCUCUCUCUGUGAAGCCGCUUUUUUCUUUUCUUUAAGGUUUUUAUUUUGGAAAAAAAACAAAACGCGGGCCUCGUGAAGCCAACUUUGAAGUGUUAUUGAACUGUAAAUCCGCAAUAACCCGGUCGUAGCACUUUAAGAGACUGAAGGACAUCCAUUUGGUCAUUUGCAGGAGCAUUUCUGGGUCGUGGAAGAGGGAGGGGCUAAUUAGAGGAGGGCGCAGUGAAGAGGCUGGUUGGCUUGUUCAUAUUUCAUCCUUUUUUUGUUGAUUGUCAUUUUGAUAUUUAUUUUGUCUUUUAUAAAGAAAAAAAUACAACUAUAUAUCUGCAUUUUUUUUCUUUUGAGAGGAAGUGUGUGGUGUAUUUACAUUUGCAGCAGUACAGCUAGAAAGUAGGGUAUGAAGUGCCAACCAGAACAUAUCCCAAACCAGUUGAAGUUAUUAACUAUCAUCACUGCUUUCAUUCACGCCAGGAAAACCGGAGCGCGACGCUUCCAACUGCACGACUGCGAGGCAUCGUAAAUACAAACCCAAAUUUCGAAGCAUUUUUCUUUUUCGCCGUGAUUUUUUUUAUUUUUCCCACUCAGUUUAAAUCGACCAGUAAGGCUUCCAAUCACUCUUAGCAACACUUCUCAUCUUUCUUUCUUUUCUGCCCCCAAUAUGAUUACUAGUUUUAUUUAUACGUAAGAAUGUGUUUAUAUUGUCGGACAUCCUCGCUGUUUCCUGUCAUGAAAUUCUAGCUAGGUUAAAAUAAUGCCAAGAAAAUGUCUUUCCAGAUAAAUAAAAAUUGUUUUAAAAAAAUCAUGGCUGCAAACUCAUAAGUGGUUUAGAGUGUGUCUGUAAGACAAUCUCCAAUGCAGAGAACGGCUCAGCAAUCGCUAACGAACUUGUUUCCGAGCUUUUCUGUGACGUUUAGCAGACCAUGCUGGAUGACCUUGGCAAAGCACCGCGGAGAGAACAAUUGUGAGAUAAGCAAUUUAAGAGACUUACCUGCAGGCAGCGGUUUUGUUUGUUUUUAAACCGAUAUGUGUAUAUAAGGUAAUCAAUGUGUGCUCAUCUUAUGGAACAGCAGGAGGGAGGAAGCUUUUUUCUCUGAAAUGUCUCAGUGCAGCACAGGACGAGUCAGUUUCCUUCAACG